AUGGGACAUGGAGAGGAGAGGGUUCACCCUCACAAGAGUCUACAAGGGGAGAAAUACGAUGUGGACGUGGGGAGUUUGUCAGAGCUGAGUCGGAUAUCAAUUCAGGCGCUCGAGGGGAGAAGAAGCAACAGAAGCAGCCGGAUAACGGAUCAUGAGCUCGAAGAGGGAAGCAGCAAUGAAAGCAGCCCACAGCAGCAGCAGGCGCUGCCAUUCAGAACCGUUGAUUACAAUCCCACCACCACCACCAGCAGACCUCCUAAGAUCGCCUUCCUGUUUCUUACCAGAGGGCCUCUCCCCUUGAGACCCCUGUGGGAGGAGUUUUUCCGUGGAAAUAUGGACUGGGCUUCGAUCUACGUGCAUGCUGGCACAGAGGGUUUCAGUGUGGAUUCUCAUGUUGGGAAUGGCAGCGUGUUUUGGGGAACGCAGAUUCCAGGCCUGAGGAUUAUAAGGGGGAUGCCAUCAAUGAUUCAAGCCACUCGUAGGCUUCUGGCGUCCGCAUUACAAGACCCGGCCAAUCAGAGGAGAUAG